AUGGUGGCUGGAGCAGGGUGCUCACCUCUUCAACAGCAAACAGGAAGCAGAGAGAGUAAACCAGGAGUGGGGCGAAGGCAUGACCUCGCAAAGCCUCUGAAACCUUCAGAGCACACCGCUUCUUUGUGCUACAAGGGUAAAUGUGAGCAGUCACUGUAUGGCCACAUGCAUUCUAUCAAUAAUGCCACCUUCACUCCCAGGGGUCACAUAAUAGCAUCCUGUGAUGCCCAUGGAGUUACAAAGCUAUGGGACUUCCGGAAGCUCAUACCAAUUGUGUCCAUUGAUAUAGGUCCAAGUCCUGGCAAUGAGGUGAACUUUGAUUCAACAGGUCGAGUUUUAGCCCAGGCGAGUGCCAAUGGGGUUAUCCAUUUGCUGGAUAUUCAAUCUGGACAGAUUCAUAAAUUGAUGGGCCAUGAGAGCCAGGCACAAACUGUGGUGUUUUCCCAUGAUGGGGAGAAUCUGUAUUCCGGAGGUUCUGAUGGCACCAUCAGAUUGUGGUUUUGA